AUGAAACUCGAUCCGAAGGCGAUUCGCUAUCUCACCUCUGAGGAUUUCAAAGUUCUUGCCGGGGUUGAAGCAGGCAGUCGCAACCAUGAAGUUGUUCCAACACCGUUGAUUUCGCAACUCUCAGGCCUCCGUGGUGGUAGUGGUGUCCAUCGUUCGAUCUCGAAUCUGGCGAAGAUCAACCUAAUCGCCAAAGUGAAGAAUUCGAAGUAUGAUGGCUACAGACUUACCUACGGCGGCCUCGAUUACCUAGCGCUAAAUGCGCACCAGAAGCAAAAGGUUGUUUACUCCGUUGGCAACCAGAUUGGAGUGGGCAAGGAAUCCGAUAUCGUCGUCGUCGCGCACAGUAGCGGAUCGCAGCGCAUUCUGAAAAUCCACCGUUUGGGCCGUAUCUCUUUCCGAACUGUCAAGACAAACCGCGACUACCUCCGACACCGCAGCACAGGAUCAUGGAUGUACAUGUCCCGACUGGCAGCUAUGAAGGAAUUUGCUUUCAUGAAGGCCCUGCGUGAGAACGGGUUUUCUGUACCAGAACCCAUUGCCCAGAACAGACACACUAUCGUCAUGAGUUUGAUCGAUGCUUUCCCUCUUCGCCAGAUCUCUAAAGUACCCAACCCAGAUGGACUUUAUUCGGAGUUGAUGGAUAUGAUCCUAGAGUUGGCACGUUUCGGGCUGAUUCACGGUGAUUUCAAUGAGUUCAAUCUUCUUAUCCAGGAAGAAGUGGAUGCCGAUGCUAGAGAGAAAUACACUCCUGAUACAAAAUUGGAUGAUGUUGCCGAUGAAGAUAUCCGGCUGGUCCCGGUGCUUAUCGACUUUCCGCAGAUGGUCUCAAUUGAUCAUAUGAACGCUGAGAUGUACUUCGAUCGCGAUGUCAACUGUGUCAAGCGCUAUUUCCAGCGCAAGUUCCAUUUUGUCAGCGAGGUGCCUGGCCCAACUUUUGCUCAGGCAAGGAAGAACUUCAUGAAGAACCCCGGUAAGCGUCUGGAUAUUGAGGUUGAAGCAUCCGGUUUCUCAAGGAAGAUGGCACGCGAACUUGAGAAAUAUAUGCAAGAUGUUGGUGUCGAUGGGGAUGCCCGUGAGGAUGGUGAGGAGGACGAGGAAGAGAGCGAGGAGGAGAGUGAAGAGGAAUAUAUUGCAGAGACAGGAGAGCCUAAUGAGGCUGAAAGCUCAAAAGAAGCUGACAAGGAUGUGGAAGAAAGUUCUCAUCAACUGGAAGGGCUUAAGGUAUCUGGUGCCUAA